UUCACCUUUCCACACUUCUUCCCGUCUCCGGUGUGAUGCCCGCCGGGAUGUUCAGCAUAGACAGCAUCCUGUCCGGACGGCCGAGCUGCAAGGAGCCGCUGCUGUUGCACCGCAGCGGCCCGGUGGUGCUGUCCGCCGGCCUCACGGACUCUAUCUACACCGACUACAACGGACUGUACUCGGCCACGUGUGGGCCCUCUCCUUCCGGGAUUCAGUCUGUGAACGGGACCAGGAUAGGAUAUAACGGCUACUACUACGGACAGCUUCAAGUCCAGGGCGCCGGAGGAGGGCCGCCGUGCUGCGGCUCUGUGCCCGGCCUCAGCACGCAGCAGUGCCCUUGCAUCCCGGCAGCUUACGACAGCCCGGGCUCGGUGCUGAUCUCCCCGGUCCCCCAUCAGAUGAUGUCCUAUAUGAACAUGGGCAGCCUGUCGCGGACCGAGCUGCAGCUCCUCAACCAGCUGCACUGCCGCAGGAAGCGGAGGCACCGCACCAUCUUCACCGACGAGCAGCUGGAGGCUCUGGAGGGCCUCUUUCAGGAGACCAAGUACCCGGACGUCGGCACACGGGAGCAGCUGGCCCGCAAGGUGCACCUCCGGGAGGAGAAGGUCGAGGUUUGGUUCAAAAACAGACGCGCGAAGUGGAGGAGGCAGAAACGCUCUUCAUCAGAGGAAUCAGAAAACUCUCAGAAAUGGAACAAAUCCGCCAAAACGUCCGCGGAGAAAACGGAGGAGAGUAAAAGCGAGGUGGACUCGGACAGCUGA